CAGCAGCGUCCAACCUUUACCUCCCCGCCCCCUCCUCGACCUCGGAUUAUACUGGUACCUCCCCGUCGCCGCGCCGCGCAUAGCUCGAGCUCCCGGGGUACCGCUACGGUACGUACAGUACAGUACACACGGCCACGACAGGUCGAUACCAUACCGCAUUGCAUUCCAUGACCAUGUACUGAGCUGAACGUCCACGAAUUAGGCGGCGGAGUAACUGUGUGAAGCCAUACAACUUAGUGUAGGACAUCAUUAUUUUGUAGAGCUUAGGUUUUAACAGGGUAUAGCUACGGGCUCCUAGCAGAAUGUUCACAAGUAGACCGUGUAGUGUCCUGAUCAACAGGACACCUUGUGUGGCCUGUCAUAUAUGGAAGGUAUCUGUACUGGGGUCAUCAAGUAGCCCUCAUCCACACCCCCAGUCAUCUCAUCAUCAUCAUCAUCUGGUAGCACCCAGAAGAUCCCUGCAUAGAUCAACAUCCACGUUUCCAAGUAGCAAACAGGCGUCUUCAGCGAAAGUCAAAUUCUUUCAAGAAGAUACAAUACUCCCCUUCUCAGCUUUCUUAACGGAUCCUUUCCAGAGGCAUCAUAAUUAUCUUAGAAUUUCUUUGACGGAAAGGUGCAAUUUAAGAUGUCAAUACUGCAUGCCAGAGGAAGGGGUCACACUCUCGCCCAAAGAGAGACUAUUAUCGACGGAGGAGAUCUUACAUCUAGCUAAACUAUUUGUAAGUGAAGGUGUAGAUAAGAUCAGAUUAACGGGCGGAGAACCCUUAGUGAGAAAGGACAUAGUAGAAAUCAUAGAGGGUCUAAGGGAGUUGGAAGGUCUCAAACAAAUUGCCAUGACAACUAAUGGAGUCACAUUAGCCAAGAGACUACCAGCUCUGAAGAAGGCUGGCUUAGACUUGAUCAACAUCAGCAUAGAUACAUUGGUACCACAGAAAUUUGAAUUUAUAUCAAGGAGAAAAGGAUGGCAUCACGUGAUGAGAGGAAUCGAUGCUGCCCUGGAGCAUGGAUAUGACCCAGUGAAGGUCAACUGUGUUGUGAUGAGAGGACUUAAUGAAGAUGAACUCUGUGAUUUUGUUGCACUCACUGAAGACAAGGCAUUGGACAUCCGCUUCAUAGAGUACAUGCCGUUUGAUGGCAACCGAUGGAACGACAAGAAACUCAUCACCAAAGAUGAGAUUGUUCAGACCAUUAGAGGGAGGUUUCCCGACUUUGGUCCUAUUGAUAAUCUUCCCAAUGAUACUUCAGUGGCAUACAGCGUACCAGGCUUUGUUGGUCAGGUUGGCAUCAUAGCUUCCAUGUCAAAACCAUUCUGUGGUUCUUGCAACAGGCUCAGACUUACAGCUGAUGGUAAUUUAAAGGUGUGUCUGUUUGGAAGUGAUGAGGUGUCUCUACGAGAUGCUCUACGGGAAGGCAGGUCAGAUGAGGAGCUGUUACAGGUCAUAGGUGCAGCAGUUGGAAAGAAGAAAAAGCAGCAUGCAGGUAUGUUCAAGAUAGCCAAGAUGCAGAACAGGCCGAUGAUUCUGAUCGAUUCAUCUCCUAUGGAGAUUGGAAUGUUGGGCGCACCUCAUCACAGAAACCAGGACAGUUUUUAUUCAUCAAGUAGUGUAGGAAAUCAGCAUGUGCUUCCAGUAUCAAUCUUAUUCAAUCAUGGUGCCCGAUCGUAUAAACCUUAUCACAGUCCCAGAGCGAGCUUCCAUUCCUCUACAAAGUCCUGCAUGGCCAAAGACUCAAGCGAUGGAGACCGGUCAAGGUUGACUCAUGUUGACCGCUCAGGACAAGCGGAAAUGGUGGAUGUGAGUGGGAAGGAGACGACGGUGAGAGAGGCGGUGGCAUCGGGAAAGGUUCGGCUAGGACGCGAGGCCUUCUACCUGGUCCAAGAGAACAAGAUGACUAAAGGAGACGUGCUACGUGUGGCACAGCUUGCUGGCAUCAUGGCAGCCAAGCAAACCAGCUCUCUCAUCCCACUCUGUCAUAACAUCCCCAUUCAGAAGGUGGACAUCGACCUCCAGCUGGAAGAGGAGUCGUUCAGUGUCCUCGUCAGGUCAAAGGUCAAAUGUAUAGGAAGGACGGGGGUAGAGAUGGAAGCCCUGACUGCAGUUUCUGUAGCAGCUCUGACCAUCUAUGACAUGUGCAAGGCGGUCACUCAUGACAUGGUCAUUGCUGAGGUCAGACUGGAGCAGAAAACUGGAGGUCAGCGGGGGGAUUAUCAUCGGGAAGUCAAUUAGGGAACUCUGGAGAUUUGUGUCGACUACUUUAGGUCUACAAAAACGUUAUCUUUAUGAACUUUUAAAAUGAGAUUAUCUCCUGUGCGGGUUUACGAGAAGGUUUGAUUAUUCAUUACAUUAAUGAUUGAACAGAUUUUUGUGGUCUUCUUUACUUGUGCAUUGUUUGCAAUUACAGCAACUGUUUGACUUUCAUGUGCCAAGUUAUGAAUAUGAUGAUAUUAUGCAAUUGACUGUUAAAAAGAACAGGGGUAAUUGAACUAUUGACACAUUGUGUGUAACUUGUGCUGUAUUAGGUGUACUAGUUAUGUUGUAAUGUUCAUGAUUACAUAGUGUAUUUCUAUCUUGUUGUAUAUUUUAAUAUAUAUUUGAAUAUGGCAUUGACUUUACAUUGGUGAUCAAGAAAUGUUGUUAUCGAUUAACUUGAAAUUCUACAAACAGUAUUUUUCAUCCAAAGAUAAACACAUUUAUUUCAAGGAAUUAGUAUCAUACAGAGCAUUAAGAUUCUCUCAAAAUAUUUUCAAAGGAAUUCUGUAGUAUUUUUCAGGUUUUACUGCGUUUUUUCUUUGACAUACAAACGGGAUCAUAUUAGUCAGUUUAUAAUUGUACCCUAGGCUUGACUCAGUGAUGGUUCUUGUUAGAAAUGUUUGGUGUCUCGGCUAAAUGGAAGCACAUCAUGAUUGGCAGUUUAACAUUAAGGUCACUUUGUGACUAGGUGUGGUGAUACAUGUUUAAUGUAGCUCAGGAUUUCAUUUAUGGAUAGAAAAUUCACAAGCUUUUAUUUUUUAAAACUUUAUUAAAUACAAAAUGGAAAUCGAAUCAAGGUACAUGAUUAUUGUGCAAUAUGAUCCCAAGAAAAUGAUUUGAUUUUAUCAUGACUAAUUUUUUUUUUACGUUUCAGAUGAAGGCUGUAAAGAGAUGGUUUGAAUUUU